AUGACCACACCCAAAACUAUUCUCAUCACCGGCGCCAACAAGGGACUUGGGCUUGGCAUUGCUCAAGUUGCGGCGACCAGAGACCCUUCCGCUCAUUACAUCUUAACCAGUCGUAAUGUGGAGGCUGGCGAAAAGGCAAUCCAGGAUAUGAAGAAUAGUGGCAUAGAAGCUUCUUUCGAGCUGCUGCAGCUGGACAUCACCAAUGAUGCCGAAAUCCUCAAGGCGGCUGAAUAUGUUACCACUAAGCAUGGAAAGCUUGACGGCAAGUCUAUUUAUCGGAGAGAUAAGAACUCGUCACUGACGCUCGUGGGAAACUUAGCCGAGUUGCUAUCGGUCAAUGUCACUUCAGUCUACUGCAUGUGCGAAGCGUUUCGACCUCUUCUCGAUCGAUCAUCUCAACCCAAGGUGAUCAACAUCACAUCCGGGCUUGGUAGUAUCGCCAACACCUUGAACACCAAGAUGGCUUCUCUCCCACUAUACGGCGUAUCCAAGGUCGCAUUGAACGGAUUGACGGCUCAUCUUCAAGCGGGAGAGAAUACGAACAAGGACAAAGCUGAAGGAUCCAAGAUUCGAUUCUAUACAGUUGCCCCAGGUGUACUCAAUACCACGCUAGUUUUCCUCCAUAACAAAGGCAAAGAUCCAGCUGUGGGGGCCGAAGUUGUGGUCCAAUUGUUGAUGAGUGACGAGUAUCCUGGUGGCACCCAGUGGGAAUUCAAAGAUGACAAGAUGCAGGAGAUUCCCUGGGAAGUGAGCUGGAUCAGGCUGGAGCCUGAGAGUGGGGGCUGGAUCUGGCUGGGAGUGGGAACCAAUAGUCGCUAUGCCGAUAUCAGUGGACCAGCACAGUCUUAUACCCUUGGCGAUUCCCCGCUCGAGCUGACUGCAGGGUUACUUCAAGUCACCGGCAUAUUAGAAGUCACUGGCUUACGCGAAGUUCCUGCCUUACGUGAGGUCACUGGCUUACCCGAAGUCAACGGCUUACUCGAAGUCAACGGCUUACUUGCAGUUGCUGCAAGGGGUCCAAAUUAUAUGAAUACCGGUAUAUUGAAAUCGGACCCGAACGUGUAA